AUGAUGCACAGAAGAGGAUUCAAUGCGGGACGAGUUGAUGCCAAACAAACCUCCCGAAAUCGUAAUCGUUUUCAAAGACUUGACCCCGAUAUUGCCGGAAGAUAUGAAGAUCUAGACGAUGAUGUUUCAGUGCCGGCCAGAUCUGUUCAAAGUCGUCUCCAGCGACCCGGAACAGCUGGCGCUUCCAGCAGUCAACCAACUCGAAAUCCAUUCGAUAAACGUGUCGCCAACACCGGUGUCAAGAACGCCGAACUCGUUUAUAAGGUGCGAAUUCCGGGCGGCGCCAAAAAAUUCGAUGCCACCUGGAUUGUCAAGCAACUCAAUCAGAAGAUCGAGCAUUUCAAGGCGUGGCUCUUUAAGGAAAAUGCGAGAGGGGAUUGGGAGUUUUUUGUGCGCGAUGAGGAUACGUCACAAGCGAUUCGCGCAAAUUCCAGAAGAAUUUAUCAUCGGGAAACGUCGAGCAAAGUGGAAUUUCAAAUUACGCGAGUUCCCGCGCCAUGGAUGCAAAUGAAAAGACAGGAUAUUGAAAUUGUUCAGGUCUGGAAAUUGCUGAAAAUCAAGAAGCUUCCGCGCAGCGGCCACGUGGAUUAAUAUGAUAUGGGAAACGUCAUAGUAAUCCGCGUGGCCGCUGCGCGGAAGCUUGCGGUCUACACAGGAUAACCGGAGGCUUCCGCGCAGCGGCCACGUGGAUUAAUAUGAUAUGGUAAACGUCAUAGUAAUCCGCGUGGCCGCUGCGCGGAAGCUUGCGGUCUACACAGGAUAACCGCAAGCUUCCGCGCAGCGGUCACGUGGAUUACUAUGAUAUGGGAAACGUCAUAGUAGUCCGCGUGGCCGCUGCGCGGAAGCUUGCGGUCUACACUCGCUCCGCUCGAAAGUUAGAGUAACCGCAAGCUUCCGCGUAGCGGCCACGUGGAUUAAUAUGAUAUGGUAAACGUCAUAGUAAUCCGCGUGGCCGCUGCGCGGAAGCUUGCGGUCUACACUCGCUCCGCUCGAAGAAUAGGGUUUUUCAAGUAAACCGCAAGCUUCCGCGUAGCGGCCACGUGGAUUAAUAUGAUAUGGGAAACGUCAUAGUAAUCCGCGUGGCCGCUGCGCGGAAGCUUCCGGUCUACACUCGCUCCGCUCGAAAGUGAGGGUAUAAAUUUCAGAAGAUAUAUGUAUAUGUGGCCGAACUAUUCCUGUGGCCGAGAAAUGUCGGGAAUUCGGCCAACGCAACAAACUCGCUCUAAUGUUGCGAAAAUUAUCGCGUUGGCCGAAUUCCCGACAUUUGUCGGCCACCGGAAUAGUUCGGCCACAUAUAUUUCCUAAAAAAUUUAUGUUCAACUUCUAUUUUUGUAAUAAAUUUUUUUGAAAAAAAUCAUUUUUUGUCACAUUUUAUUACAAAAUAUAUCCUGAGCCCCUGAAAAUCCCAUAAAAUUUUUUUUUGCAGAAAGUUGUUGAUUCGCGAUACAACGCAGAAAGUCGAAUGUUGGAUCUGUCGGAUUUCGGAAAUGACAAAGAGUUCACCAGCCGCGAUAUGCUCAUGACACUCACCAAAUCCAAUGUUAUGAUUGUGGUUUUGGACAGAAUCGAUGAACGAUAUGGAAAUAUUACUGCUCUCAGUUUGGCGGUGAGUUUUUGGGAUCUGGGAGCUGAAAAUCUGAAAUUUUCAGCUAAUAUUGACCCAGGGACCUGGGAAUUUGAAAUUUUCAGCUAAUUUUGACCCUGGUACCUGGAAAUCUGCAAUUUUCAGCUAAUUUUGACCCUGGGACCUGAAAAUCUGAAAAUUCCAGCAAAUUUCGACCCAGGAACCUAGAAAUUUGAAUUUUUCGACCCAGGAACCUAAAAAUCUGAAAUUUUCAGCAAAUUUUGAUCCUGGGAUCUUGAAAUUUGAAUUUUUCGACCCAGGGACCUGGAAAUCUGAAAUUUUCAGAUAAUUUUGACCCAGGGAUCUUGAAAUCUCUAAUUUUCAGCCAAGAGAUCUGAAAAUCUGAAAUUUUCAGCUAAUUUUGACCCUGGGACCUGGAAAUCUAAAAUUUUCAGCCAAUUUUGACCCAGAAACCUGGAUAUCUGGAAUUUUCACCCAAUUUUAACCCUUGGACCUAGAAAUCUAAAAUUUUUAGCUAAUUUUGGCUCUGGGACCUGGAAAUUUAAAAUUUUCACCCAAAAAUCUGAAAUUUUCAGCUAAUUUUGACCCAGGUACCUGGAAAUCUGAAUUUUUCAGCCAAGGGACCUAGAAAUCUCUAAUUUUCAGCCAAUUUUGACCCUGGGACCUAGAAAUUUGAAUUUUUCGACCCAGGGACCUAGAAAUCUGAAUUUUUCAGCCAAGGGAUCUGAAAAUCUGAAAUUUUCAACAAAUUUUCACCCUGGGACUUAGAAAUCUGAAUUUUUCAGCUAAUUUUAACCCAGGAAUCUUAAAAUCUGAAUUUUUGACCCUAGGACUUGGAAAUCUGAAAUUUUCACCCAAUUUUAACCCAGGGACCUAGAAAUCUAGAUUUUUCAGCAAAUUUUGACCCAGGGACCUAGAAAUCUGGAUUUUUCAGCCAAUUUUGACCCGGGGAUUUUGAAAUUUGAAUUUUUCGACCCUGGGAUCUUGAAAAUCUAAAUUUUCAGCCAAGGGAUCGGAAAAUCUGAAUUUUUCGACUUUGGGACCUAGAAAUCUGAAAUUUUCAGCUAAUUUUGACUCGGGGACCCAGAAAUCUGAAAUUUUUAGCCAAGAGAUCUGAAAAUCUCAAAUUUUUUCCAGAACAAUCGCCUUCAUCAUUUGGAUUAUGUGUCAGCUUUGGUCACCGUUGCAAAAUUCGUAAAAGUUCUCGAAAUGAGUCAUAAUAUGGUAAGAAAUGUUGCGGAACUAGAGGUCACAGGUUCGAUUCCUGCUGCCUGCGAGGAUUUUUGAAAAAAAAUCCGCGCAGCGAGCCGGAAUCGAACCCGUGACCUUUUGACUAGAAACAUAGGCUGAUUUUUACAUCAUUUUGAUCAGCUCCGCGUGCUCUACUAGACUAUAGUUAUCACCUGAAAUUAUUUCCAGGUCCAAUCAACAGAGGAGCUCAAAUUGCUCGCCGGUCUCCCUGUCGAGAAUUUCUACUUCGAAGGAAAUCCGGUAAUUGAAGUAUUGUCAAGCGCGUCUGCAUAUCUCAGGUCUUUUUUCUUGUCUUUUUUUUCUUUUUUAUUCAGAUUUUUCCCACGAACACGGCAUUUUACUAACCCUUUUCUCAUUUGAUUCAACGAUUUUAGCAUGGUACAAGACGUCUUUCCCAAGUGCUCAGUUUUGGUAGGUCAAAUGGAGAUUUUUUUUUCAAAAAUAUCGAUUUUUUAGGAUGGAACUCCUGUAACGCCACGUGUUGUUGGACCAACGUCAAGCGAGGAUAUUGCACCGUAUAGGGUAAUUUUAGUGUGUUUCGAUUCAGAAUUGAAUUUUACACAUUCUCCAGAAUUUUCAGCCCUCAAAACCAAUUUUAAGCACGAUUUUUUGGGGCUCAAAAAGCUCCUGAAGAGGGCAUUUUUGAGCCCAAGAAAAUCGUGCUUAAAAUGGGUUUUGAGGGCUGAAAAUUCUGGAGAAUGUGUAAAAUUUAAUUCUGAAUCGAAAUAGGACACCCUCCCUUUCAAAAUUUUUUUUUUUUUUGAAUAAAGAUUCGAUUCAGAAUCAAAUUUUACACAUUCUCCCGAAUUUUCAGCCCUCAAAACCCAUUUUAAGCACGAUUUUUUGGGGCUCAAAAAGGUCCUGAUGAGAUAAUUUUUGAGCCCCAGAAAAUCGUGCUUAAAAUGGGUUUUGAGGGCUGAAAAUUUUGGAGAAUGUAUAAAAUUUGAUUCUGAAUUGAAGUAGCACACCCUCCCUUUCAAAAUUUUUUUUUGAAUAAAGAUUCGAUUCAGAAUCAAAUUUUACACAUUCUUCAGAAUUUUCAGCCCUCAAAACCCAUUUUAAGCACGAUUUUUUGGGGCUCAAAAAGGCCCUAAACAGGUCAUUUUUGAGCCCCAGAAAAUUGUGCUUAAAAUGGGUUUUGAGGGCUGAAAAUUUUGGAGAAUGUGUAAAAUUUGAUUCUGAAUCGAAAUAGCACACCCUCCCUUUCAAAAUUUUUUUUUGAAUUUCUGAAACUUAUCCGAAUUCGAUUCCAGGCCGGAUUCUACUCGAAUCAACAAAUUCGUGAGCUCGUCGAGCAAUUCGUCGUCGCCUUCUAUCAAAUCUACGAUGGUCAAGAUGGACAAACUACUCGAAAACAACUCGUCGAAGCGUAUGAUGAGAAUAACUCGAAAUUCACGUUGGCCAUCACAAAUAUGAAUACGAAUGGAGAGAAACAGUAUUAUCCGGUUAGGUAAGUGAAAUUUUUGAAAAUUCAAAUUUCCCGCCUGUUUUUCCAAGGCGCGAAAUUUAAAAAUUCAAAAAAUCAAUUUCUAUUCACCAUUUAUUUCACAAAAAAAAUAUACAAAAAUGCCUAUAGAAGUUUGAAUUUUCAAUUUUCCCGCUGAAUUUUUCCAAGGCGCGAAUUUUCAAAUUUUUCUCGCCUAAAAUUUCCAGAAUUUUUUUUUUCAAAUCUAAAUUUUCCGAAAAAUAUUAAAAAAAAAAAAAGUGGCCUCGCGAGAUGUCGGUCGCUGCAAACACACAUAUAGCCCGACUUUUUUCUUUUUAUUUGUGUGUCUUUUGAGCCAAAGGGUUUUCAAUUUUCUUUUUGAAAAUCUGAAAAUCUAAGCUCCGCCCACAUAUCUGUGCGGUAAAAGAUGGGCGGAGCCAAAUUGCUCGAUUACAAUUUUACAUUGAUUCGGUAGUGAAAAAACCCCUGUGAAAAUGCCUAUAGAAGUUCAUAUUUUCAACUUUCCCGCCCAAAUUUUUUCGCGGGAAAUUUGAAAAUUCAAUUUUCCGGCAUUAUUUUUCAAGGCGCGAAAUUUGAAAAUUCAAUUUUCCUGCCUAAAAUUUCAAGAAUUUUUUGUUUCAAAUUUAAAUUUUCCGAUAAAAAUUUUCAAUGAAAAAGUUAAAAAUGAAACAAAUUUAUUUCACAAAAAAUAUACAAAAAUGCCUAUAGAAAUUUGAAUUUUCUAAUUUCCCGCCUAAUUUUUGGAGGCGGGAAAUUUGAAAAUUCAAAAAUCCAAAUUUCCCGCCUAAUUUUUCAAGCCGCGAAAUUUGAAAAUUCAAAUUUCCCGCCUAAUUUUUGGAGGCGGGAAAUUUUUAAAAUUUGAAAAAAACGUUAUUUUGGACAAGUCUAAAUCGGGCUAUAAUUUCAGAUUUUUAAAUAUACCUGAAAAUUCAACAGCUCUCAAACAUGAGCAACCAGUUUUCAAAGCGCGAAAUUCAAAAAUUCAAAUUUCCCGCCUAAUUUUUGGAGGCGGGAAACUCUAAAAUUUGAAAAUUCAAAUUUGCCCCCUAAUUUUUGAAGGCGGGAAGUUUGAAAAUUCAAAAAUUCAAAUUUCUAGCUCAAUUUAUCAAGACGCGAAAUUUGAAAAUUCAAAAACUCAAAUUUCCUGCCUAAUUUUUCAAGCCGCGAAAUUUGAAAAUUCAAAUUUCCCGCCUAAUUUUUCCAAGGCGGGAAAUUUGAAAAUUCAAAAAUUCAAAUUUCCCGCUCACAUUUUUUUGCGGGAACCUUGAAAAUUCAAAUUUCGUUUUCCAGAGAAUGCUACGAUACCUACAUACGUCAAUCACACAACAUUCUCCAAGAAGAAUAUUUCGCUCGAAAUCGCGCAACUCGAACAGCUCGCGGAGCAAUGGAUAUCGCAGUUUCCCUUUCGAAACUUCCAAUCACAAAUCAUUUGACACAAACUUUCGUCGUCGACGUUUUCCUCGUCUCAAAUGAGCUUCUGGGUUUCACAGUUCAAGGAUUAUUCGAAGACGGCAAAUUGGCAAAAGAGGGCGAUGUACCGCAACCGAAUUUCUUCUCGCGAAGUUUCACAGUUGCGCCAAGAGAUGGCGGCAAAGUUGCCGUCAUUUCCGAUCAACUUUUCAUCACUGCCGCAUCGACUGAAAGAUUGCAAAAGUAUCGAGCACUUUUGGAUCAGGCGGAAAAGAAUGGGGCGGCUCAAGAGAUUGUGAAUCCGGUUGCGCAGGCGUCGAUUGUGAGUUUUUUUUUGGUUUAAAAUGAGCAAUCUCAUCAUUUUUGGGGUAAAAAAUGAGUUAGGAGGUACUGGGGUUUGAUCCAGGACCUUGGGAUUCAAAAUUUGGCUUAAAAUGAGCAAUUUUGUGAUUUUCAGGCGCAAAAUUUUGAUUUUUAAGAUGUUUUUGAGGUUAGGAGGUAUGAGGAAUCGAUCCACGGCCUUCUGACUCAUAAAAAUCACGAAAAUUCGGCCUAAAAUGAGCAAUCCCACGAUUUUCCUCAUUAAAAAUUGAUCUAGAGCAUUUUUUUAGAUGAAAAAUAGGUUAGGAGGUACUGGGGUUCGAUUCAGGACCUUCUGGCUCAUAAAAUAUCACUUUUUCAUAUUCUACAUUGAAAAUUAACCUUUAGAUUCGCAAAAAUUGAAAAUUUGGCUUAAAAUGAGCAAUCCCACGAUUUUCUUCUUUAAAAAUUGAUUUUGAAGAUAUUUUUGAAAUUAGGAGGUAUGGGGAAUUGAUCCAGGACCUUCUGACUCAUAAAAAUUACGAAAAUUAACCUUUAGAUUCGAAAAAAUUAAAAAUUUCAAUUAAAAUGAGCAAUCCCACGAUUUUCCGCAUUAAAAAUUGAUUUUUAAGACAUUUUUGAGGUUAGGAGGUAUGGGGAAUUGAUCCAGGACCUUUAGAUUCGAAAUUUGACUUAAAAUGAGCAAUCUCAUCAUUUUUAGCUAUAAAAAUAGGUAAGGAGGUACUGGGGUUCGAUCCAGGACCUUCUGACUAAUAAAAAAUCCAUUUUUUCUCAUUUUAGAUCAAAAUUUCAUUCUAAAAUUCGAAAAUUCGCCUAAAAUGAGCAAUAUUGCUCAUGUUAACCCCAAAAAAUCUCCAAUUUUUGCAGGCAAUCAAUGGAUUAGGAUUCAGUGGUGAACCGCCGAAAGAAAUGAAAGAACAAAUGAUCACGGCAUUCUGUCAAUACAGUGGAAUGAUAAUUCCGUGGUCCGAAAAAUGUUUGGCCGAUUUUGGAUGGAAUUACGAUGUGAGUGGGGAAAUUUGGCUUAAAAUGAGCAAUCUAGUGAUUUUUUGCGAAAAAAUUGGGUUAGGAGGUACUAGGGAUCGAUCCAGGACCUUCUGACUCGAAAUUUUGGGCUUAAAAUGAGCAAUCUAGUGAAAAAAUAAUGUAUUCCAGCUUGCCUGUCAAAAAUUCCAAGAAAUUCGAGCUACAGUACCCGCCGAGGCUUUUGCCCAGUGA